AUGGCUACUACAACCGGGCAAACAGAGAAGGGAGUGAGUUUGAAACUUCUGGUGAACAAAGACACCAACAAAGUCUUGUUUGCUGAGGCAGGAAAGGACUUUGUGGAUGUUCUGUUUAGCUUCUUAACACUGCCACUGGGAACCAUUGCAAGGCUUGUAGAGAAGAAGUCUAGCAUGGGGCCAGUUUCAGUUGGAUGUUUGAACAAACUCUAUGGAAGUCUAAGAGAGUUCGACAAAGAGUAUACGAUAAUGGAGACAACCAAAGAAAUGUUAUUGCAGCCAAAAAACUCAUCAGAAAAUUAUUGCAGUAAUCUUAAAUUGAACAUUGAUGACACCCAACCCACUAAGUUCUUCCUAUGUACCAUGAUUAACGGGUGUUCGUAUCCUCGUUAUCUGAAUCUUUCCACAAAUAAGAAAUGUGGAUGUGUGAGUUACUCUAACCACACCCGUUCAGUUUCUCUGAAAUAUUCCUGCAAUGGAUUUGUUAAGGAUGGUUCUAGUUUUGUUAUUACUGAUAAUUUGGUUGUCAUUCCAAACUCUGUUCAAUUUACGAGCCUUGGUCUGCUUCAAGAUUUAGAAAUCAAUGGUUCGAGUUCAGUAAAGGAAUUGACAGUGACUGUCACUAAAGACAAGGUCCUAGAUAUGCUAAAGUGUUCUUUGCUUUCCAAGACUACUUUGACAGAUCUGUUUAUAAGAAAUAAACCGUCCUUGGAAAAUUACAAAUAUUUCUCUUGUCAUCAAGAAAACAAUUGCAAUAUUCAAAUCAAUGUGAAGCUUGUUAUAAGAAAAUCUGAUGGGAAGAUAUUGUAUGCUCAAGGGGAAAAAGAUUUUGCUGACUUGCUUUUGGGUUUUCUUUCAUUUCCUUUGGGUGGAGUUGUUCGUGUAUUGGGAGAGAACUGUUUUGUAGGCAACAUUGAUUCUUUGUACAAGAGCAUAGUUGAUUUGGAUGAAACUAAAUAUUUAACGUCAAAAGAUGCGAAAAAUAGACUUGUUGAUUGUCGAUUGGCUGCGGUGUUUCAAUCAAUCAAGCAUAUAGUACCGAUUGACUAUUCAAGAAUGGAUUAUUAUUGCUUUUAUCAAGGUGAAAAUUACGAACAAAGUGUAGGCAAUCAUAAAUUUUUUGUAAGUGAUGUAUAUAGAAGUGAUUGGGGUAAGUAUGAACUCUUUCAAGCUGAAUUACCAAAAGGAAGUUAUGAAGGAUAUGUGAAGGGACCAAGAGCAUACAUGGCUACAGAUGACUUGGUUUUGACACCAUGGUCUCCUAUUUCAGCUUUACAGUUAAUCAACCAGUUGCAAAUUCCUCUCAAUGAUCUCCAAGAAAUGCAUGUCACUAUUGGUGUCAAGGAGUGUUUGAGCGUAUUGAAAGCAUCGCUGAUCUCAACUUCUGCUCUUACAAAUGGUCUUUGUCACUUGUUACCAAAAGUUAAAGAAGAGAAUGUCAAAAGCAAAUUAAAAGUGGAAGUUAAGGAAGAGUUGAACAUAAAACAGAGGUUAAGGAAGAGAGUAUAG